UAGUUUAUUUAUUUUUUUUUUGUUUGAAGUAGUUUAUAUUUUUUAAAUUUUUUUUUCGUAAAAUUUUUCCGUACUUAUUACAAAAACGUCAUCGUCUAUAAUGAAUGAUAACGAUAAUGGUGGACAACAACAGCAAUUAGUUGAACGUUUUCGUUCGGCAAUUAUGGCUUGUUUGGAAAAUUUUCACAUCGAUUUACGACGACCAAAUUGUGUUCAUUACCAAAAUGGUUCGAAACGAUUAUUAUUCAGUGAUCUUUAUGAUAUGGUCGUACAAAUGACAAGAUUACUUUCUAUGGAUGAAAAUUCCAGUGAAUAUAUCUAUGAAAUCUAUGCUGAAUGUGCAACAAAAGCGUUCGAAAAAUUUGCCGAAAAUCUUGAACAUGAUCUACAAUCAUCAAAUAAUAGUGGACGACAGACAUUAUGGACACUUGGUUCAUAUCAAUCGAAUAAUAAUCAAUCAAUAAUUCAAAUGGCUAAAAUAUUGAUUGAAUUUUGGUCGAAAUUCAAACGAAAUGUAUUACCAUUUUUAAUGUUAACAUUUCAAUACGUUGAACGAAUACGACACCAACAACAACAACAACAAUGUCGUCGAAUGAUGCUUGAAGAACUUACACGAACAAUUUUUAUUGAAAUUUUUUUCGAACAAUCAUCAUCGAUUGUAUCAGAAUGUUGGAAACAAUUAAUCAUUGAUUAUGUAUUGGAUAAACAUCGACAAAUUCAACAAUAUCUUUGGUAUCGAAAACCAUCACAACGAUUACCAUUGGAAACGGAUUCAAUAAUUCAAUGGCCACUAUUUCAACAGAAUCGUUGCAUAAAAAUGCUUCAAGAUAAAAAUUAUAUGGUGAUCAGAAAUCUAAUUCAAGUACUAUUGGAUAUUGAAACAUUUCUGGACACAUUUCUUGUUCGAAUGUCCGAUCAAUUGUUGAAUGAAUUUGUAUCAUUGGAAUAUUUGAAUUUUUCAACAAAUUUCAUACAAAUGCAAUCUUGGUUUUUUAGCUCCAUUUUGUCAUUACCUGAAGAAUCGUUAAAACAAAUCAAUUUGUUUACAAUUGAAUUUCUUAUUGUACGAUAUGCUAGCCGAUUAAUCAAUGGCAAUAAUGAACAAGAUGAUAAUAAUAAUGAUGGAUCAUUUAAAUCAAUGUUAAAUCAUAAACAUUAUGAUCGUAUGACACAAUUCUAUUCAUUAAUGAUGAAUAUAACUGCGGACAAAUUUUUGGCUUCAAAACAAAAUAUAUUGAUUAGCCGAUUUGUAGAUUUUCUAAUCAAAUAUCACAAUGAACGUAUCAAUUGGUUUGCCAGUCAAUAUCGAUGCAUAGGACGAAGUGAAGCGAUCGAAUUUGUUCAAGCAAUACUUCAGGAACAUGAUCAUUGGGAUAGUGUAUUGAAUAAAGUUUUUAAGAGUAAUAAUAAUAAUGGUGAUGGAAAUCGAAAUGGUGACCAAAAAGUAAUCGAUUCGAUGAAACCAUUUUCAACAUUGAUUGAUAAAUAUCAUUAUGAAUUAAUGAAAAUUGAUUCAAAUGUAUCACAAGCAUUAGCUUUUUAUAUGCAUGAUCUUUUAUCUAAAGAUUCGAUGAUAAUGUCAUUACAACAACAACAACAACAACAACAAACAAAGGCGGUAGAAUUUGAAACUCGUAUCGAACUAUUGAAUCGUAUCAAUUUCAUUAUUGUUUAUAUAAAGGAUAUAAAUCAAUUUUUUGAUUUUGCCAAACAUUAUUUUGCACAACGUUUGUUAACGAAUUUAUCACAUUUCACCAAUGAACAAGAAAUGGACAUGAUGAAUGACAUGAAUCAUGUGAUCCGUUUGAAUUUUAUGUCCAAUGGUCAAUCACGAAGUUUUUUACAGAAUCUAAAUGAUUUUAAAAAUAUUGCCGAUGAUUAUCUACAUUCAUUCAUAAAAGUCAAUAUCAGUAAUAAUAAUAAUCGACGACGAAGAAUGGUAAGAAAUUUGCCUGAUUCUUCAGCCAUAGUAAAUGCAGGAACAUGGAAAUUAACAGAAUUUGAUCGCUGUUGGAUAUCAUCACGAUUAUCACGAUCAUUCGAAUCAUUGGAAUAUUUAUUUCGACAACAAUAUGAUAAUCAAAAAUUAUUUCUUAAUACAAAAUAUUCAACAGCUGAAGUAUCAAUGAAAAUGUUCAAUCAUGAUGCUGUUGUUGGUGAUUCAUUGAAACAAUCAUUAAUAUUAUGGAUGUCAUUACAUCAAUUUGCCAUCAUCGAACAAUUCAAUCGACAAUACCAACGAUUAUCAUAUGAAAUGAUCGACAAAGAAACAGAAUUUCAAAAGAAAAAUAAUCUUCGUAUUGCUUUAUUAUCAUUGAUUUAUUGUGGUCUAAUUCGACCAAUCAUUAUUAUUGGUCAUAAUCAACAGCAUCAGCAACAACCAUCAAACAAGCCAACAACAUUAGAAUCAAUACAAUUUGAAUUGAAUGAUGAGAAAAGAUUUUUACAAUUAAUCGAAACGAAUCGUUGCUCAAAUCGAUUAAUACGUUAUGAAUAUGUUGAUUUCAUUAAUCAUCAACCGCUUGAUCCGGAAAUGGCAAAAAUUUUUCCAACAAUUGUACAUAUAUUGACCGAUGGUGUUGAUUUAGUUUAUUCAAUGUCAUCGACAUCGGUUGAAGAUUGGAAUCUUACAAACAUUCUAAAUUCGCGUACAAAUACAACAGUAACACCAUCAGAUGAUAAUAAUCGACUAUUACAUCACCGAUCACGAUCAUUUCGACGACAUCAACCACCACCACCACCUAAUUCAUCCAUUGAAUCAAUAGUAUAUCGACGACUAAUAUCAUCAUCAAGAAGAUUAUCAUCUCAACAGCAUUCAACACCAUCACAAUUACCAGCAGCACGUACAUCAUCAUCAACGACAGCAAUUGAAAGUCCAAAUCAUCUAGAUUCAAGCAUCAAAAUCGAUGCAGCCAUUGUACGUGUCUUGAAACGUUUGCGUUAUCUACCGAAUAUUUCGGCCAUUUAUCAUGCCGUACGAGUCGAAAUGUCAAAUGCAUCCCGUAAACAUUUACCACCGACACCUUCGAUUGCUAACAUUCAAGAAUCAACACGGCCAUCAAAUCGACCAUCGAAAAUUAAUUAUCAUCAAUCAACGUCAUCAACAUCAUCAUCACAGCCAAUGCCACCGACACCAUCAUUACAGAAUACCAACAUUUCAAUGAACGAUAUACAAACACGAUUAAUUCAACUGAUUGAUAAACGUUAUGUUCGCCGUAGUAAUGAUGGUGGUUUUGAAUAUAAUAUCGAAUGAGAUGAGAUUAUGAAUGGAAUGUUUGUCGUGUGAAUGUUAUAUUUUAAUCAACGAAUUUUGAGAAAAAAAUUUUAAUUAAAUUUUGAAUUUUGUUUUGAGAAAAAAUGCAGUAAAAAUAUCUUU